UUGCUACUCUUAAUCAGUCAUUGUUUAGUCUCGAGUAUUCUAAGAAUUCUUUGUGAAUUUCGCUCUAAACUAUGGAAAGUUAUGUGAUUGUGAUUAUUAUUGCUGUGGUUUUCGUUUCCCUAAUAUUAUUGACAUUUUGCUGUUUAGCUAUUAUUCAACGAAGAAAUCGAAAUGUUAAUCAAUCUGUGGAAGAAGGAACUGUUUAUCCAAAGUACAACCUUUCAACAAUCCAACAGCCUAAUAUGAUGAGUAGACAGCAGCAAACAAUGAAUCCAAUAUACCCAGUUCAAUUUUCUCAGACAAUGAAUACCCAAAAUACUCAAAUGCCAUGCCCAUCAUUAAUUAAUCCUUACCGAGCUCCUGUAACAAUAAUCAGUCAAUGUCCUCCAAAUCAACCAUGUCGUCAAAAUCAAAAUGCAUUUAUUCCAGCUCAACCGAUGCAGCUUCCUGUGUAUACUCAAAAUGUACAUUUGCCAAUGCAGUACCCAAGUAAUAAUCCACAACCACUUCAAAAUUAUUCAAAUGUACAGCAACCUAUGAUGCCUUUGCAAUAUAAUCAGCCUACAAAUUAUUACAACAUGAAUAGAAACUGA